AAUUGACAGGUGUAUAACCUAACCUCAAUUUUUGUGACGCCGCUAAUAAAUAACAAAACAUUUAAAAUCAAUUUCAAUAGAUUGCAUAAGAUUUCAUUAAAAUACAUCGAUUUGCAAGUACUGUUUUAGUGAAGAAUUAUGGCAGAAGAAGUGUCUCUGGAAGACGCUCCAAAUGAUCAGAAUAAAAAAACCGAAGACAAUAAAAGCAAUUUACCUCACGAUGAUGACACUGAAAGUGGAGAAGAACAACCUUUAGAUAUAGGAGAACAUUAUUUAGUAAAGCGAUCAGAUGAAUCUUGGCAUCCUGCGGAAGUUAUCCAAACUCGGUUUAACGAUAACGAAGCGCAAUAUGAAUAUUACGUUCAUUAUGAAGGUUAUAAUAGGCGUUUGGACGAAUGGGUACCACGAGCGAGGAUUAUGUCUUCAAGAUUUCAGCUGACGGAAGGACAAAAAGUUCCGGUUGAUAAAACAUGGAAAAAUAGGUCUUUAGUUACUGAUUUGUUAUCGGACACAACAGACAGGAAAAUUACAAGGAAUCAAAAAAGAAGACACGAUGAAAUUAACCAUAUUCAAAAGACAUACGAUGACAUGGAUCCAACAACAGCUGCUUUAGAAAAAGAACAUGAACAAAUCACUAAAGUGAAAUACAUUGAUAAGAUUCAAAUUGGACGUUUUGAGAUUGAUACUUGGUAUUUUAGUCCGUAUCCUGAAGAAUAUGGGAGACAGAGUAAAUUAUGGAUUUGUGAAUAUUGCUUAAAAUAUAUGAGAUUAGAAAAAAGUUAUCGGUAUCACAUGAGUGAAUGUACCUGGAGGCAACCAGUUGGAAAAGAAAUUUAUCGAAAAGGUACUUUAUCAGUUUAUGAGGUUGAUGGGAGAGAUCAUAAAAUCUAUUGUCAAAAUUUAUGUUUAUUAGCAAAGUUAUUUCUUGACCAUAAAACCCUUUAUUUUGAUGUAGAACCGUUUUUAUUUUACAUAUUAUGUGAAGUAGAUAAACAAGGGGCUCACAUUGUAGGAUAUUUCUCAAAGGAAAAAGAAUCUCCGGAUGGAAAUAAUGUUGCUUGUAUUCUAACAUUACCUCCAUACCAACGUCAAGGUUAUGGAAAACUUUUAAUUGCCUUUAGUUAUGAAUUAUCACGUUUGGAAGGAGCUGUAGGAAGCCCCGAGCAACCUUUAAGCGACCUGGGGAAAUUAAGUUAUCGAAGUUAUUGGAGCUGGGUUUUAUUAGAAAUAUUAAGAGAUUUCAGGGGUACACUUUCAAUUAAAGAUCUUAGCCAAAUGACUAGUAUUACUCAAACGGAUAUAAUAUCAACUUUACAAAGUAUGAAUAUGGUAAAAUAUUGGAAAGGGCAACAUGUAAUUUGCGUUACACCGAAAUUAGUUGAUGAACACAUUAAAUCGAGUCAAUACAAAAGGCCAAGGCUUUGUGUUGAUAGUAGCGCGUUAAGAUGGGCACCAAGAAGACAUGUUACUAAUAAAAUAAAAAAGUGAUUUUGAUUUUUUUUUUAAUUUUGAAGUGUAAA